AUGUCAACCAUCACGACGUUGCUGGAGCAUGCGAAUCUAACGACUACCACUGCACAAGAUAAUUCCGGCAACACCCCAAUUCAUUAUGCGAUGGAUUACAGACUGUGCCAUAUCUCCGCGACAUACGAGUAUGGUGGGAAAACGCAUGGCUAUGACGAAAUCAUCAGAAAGCUACUUUCGCCCUUGGCCAAGAACAAAUCGGUCCUGAAGAACGUGGAUGUUCUGUUCAAUCGUAUUGGGGAUUCUCCUUAUCGCUAUUAUUUCCGUCUCAAAGACCAGAUUCACGAGCGGUUGAAACAGAUAAUGAAGGCGAACGCGCCGGGGUCAUCAGGGAAGGAGCCAAAACCAAACGCAAAGCAGACUAUGAAGGAAGACCACCAUGACCUGGUUAAGGGUCCCGAAAAGCACCCAACCGGAGAGUCAGUUGAUCGACUAUCAAUCUCGAUGAAGAAAGACUUCUUGCAGACAACUCUUUCAGUCAAGACAUACGUCCGUCCUGUCUUAACGGAGCCCCAACAUCGCCUUGGUUCAUUUGCAACACCACCAGACAAGACUAAGGAUAAUGAGGCUGGACAGGCGAAGCUCUAUCCUUUAGCUAGGACUCCUACAGGGUUCGCAGACACUAUACGGCGUAAGGUACAGCCCAAAACCUCGCCUGAAACCACAACUUCCUCAAUCCCUACAAACCAAGAAGCUUCAAAAUCUGGGAGAACCGUCGAGCCAUUCCAGUGGCCAAGGCUGGAGACGGAAGCUGCAGAGAAGCUAUUGAAUUAUGUUCAGUGCUUUUUCAUCCGAAACUGCACUGACAGGGACGCGAAAGAUUUCUUGUAUGGGCGGGUUGCCUCCGAUAAGAACCUCUUUUUCGAUGCGAGCCAUCUGCGUGGUAAGAGAGUUGAUGACGUCGUCCUCCUAAUCGAAAAAUUGCAUCAAGCAGGGGGGUUUGGAGAUACCCUUUCAUACGUGAGGAUUCCUCAGCUAGCAUCCGAGAUUCCAGCUAUCCCCCCAACGCAGAGACGAAAUUUCGCAAAUGAAAAGCGACAACUCACAAAGGGCUCUGCCGACAGUGAGUCUAAGGGGCGAGAUACACUCGUUAAGGUCUUCGAUAAGCUAGUCGAAGUGCAUGUUCGCAAGGUUCUGCGGCUUCACGUGGAGGACAACGCCGACGAACGGGCCCAUACAGACGCCGCAAUUGAACGAGCUAUCAGGGGGUAUGAUCAGUAUUCCAGUGCAGGCUCUAGGGCAGCCUUGGAAAUUGAAGAAUGGGAUUGGUGCAAACCAGAUAUAAACACAGAUGUAAUCAAGCACGCAGCGCCGUCUGUGCAACACAUCCAUUUACAUUGGAGCGGAAACCAAGCUGUCCUUUACGGCUGGGCGAGCAGCGAACAUGGAAUACCUCUGAUUUGGAGGAAUCCGAGGUCAUUGUUAUCCAACGUUACGUUGCAUGCCUAUCAAGGCCUGGAGAGCAUGGAGCGUAGGGACGUGAUGGCUGACCAGUAUGCCAGUCUGGUGGAGAAGAGGACUGACAAGAAGGUUAAAGUGACUACGAACCCGGUAUUGAGAAGUAUCAUCGUCAAAGAAAGGCCGGACGGUGAACAAGAUCCCCUUUAUGGGGAGCAUUUCGAAAAGCCCCGUUCGGAUGCAUGGAUUGGGGCGAUGGAACGGUUCCGAAAAGCACUGCUCGGCAUGCAUAAAAGUGGACUACUUGGUCAACCAAGUAGUCGGCCCUCCAGAGUCAAGGUAGCCUUGAUUGAUGACGGGAUUGACCUCCACGAAGUUAACCAUUAUAACAACACUACGAGCUAUACGGGCGUAAGCUACUGUCCCAGCAAUGGGCGCGGCGAAGACGCUUGGUGGAAAUCCACCGGCGGCCACGGUACCAUCAUGGCUAACAUGAUCAGCCGGAUCAAUCCUUGGGUCGACCUGGAAGUGAUCAAAAUCCAGAGCAGCCCGUCGUACAUACACGGGAAUGGAGCGCGCAGUAUCGACCCACGAAGUGCCGCUGAUGCUAUUGAUGCCGCAAUCAAGCGCAAAGCCGAUAUAAUCUCGAUGUCGUGGACGAUAACGGAUCUAGGAUACCGGAGGUCGUCCAUAUAUAGUGAGAGCCCUGACGUGGAGGGCACCAAGAAGCCUGCAGGAGAAAGCGACAUGAACCUCCUUCGGGCAGCCAUCGAAAGAGCCACCAAAAACCCUAUGGAACGACUUCUCAUCUGCUCGGCCGCAGACGACCUCCGGCUUAGUGGGAAGAACACCCUCCCCUAUAGUGCGGCCUCAAAGAGGAUUCUUCGCAUCGGUUCUGCCGGCCACUUCGCCGAUCGAGAUCCAAGCUCCGGCAGUGGAAACUCCAUCACCUUCUAUUUCCCAGGCAACCAGGUCGCCGAGGAGCAGAGGGCUCACUCAACAAAUCCCGUCGUCUAUCAUACAGGGUCAUCUGUCUCAACAGCUCUUGCGGCAGGUCUUGCGUCGUUAAUCAUGUACUGUGCUCACUGCGUUCAUGCGUGCGGGGCUGGCGAUGAGUAUCGGAGCUUUGCGCUCAGCCUACGGGACUUCUCGUGCAUGAAGGAUGCUUUUAGUGCCAUCAACAGGCACUCAAAAUGGGAUGAUGACCAAAAGAUCGUCCCCGUAUGGGGUCUUUUCGGCGAAAAGGCUGACGAGAUACUGGCGGAUGGCAAGACUGACCGGGAGAAGAUCAUAGUGCUCAAGAACUUGCGGGAGAACAAUCCCCCGGUAUCAUCACGUGAUAUCUCCAUCCUGAACAACCACCGUCACGAACAAACACUUCCCUCUGCGACAUCCGCAACACAUCAUGCCGGAGCACCUGGACGGGACGUCACCGCGUCCGGCGGGUGCAGACGCCAUCCCGGACCCGCCGUCUAUCCAUCCGUCGUUCAUCCAGGUCGCCAAGCCGUACAUCUUCGAGUCCACCAUCCAGAAAUGCAUCGCGGCCAUGGGGGUGAAUCCGCUGCGCGAGGAGGCGCUGCGACUGCAGGGCGUGACGUGGAUCGACAAUGUGCGCCGGGCGCUGAAUCUGUACGCUUUCCGCCCAUCCGCACGUUCAACACAGCCGUCGUGUACUAUCACAAGUUCCGGCUCGUCCAUCCGGACAACGAGUACAGCUACACCGACGCCGCCGCCGCCGCCCUCUUUACAGCCUGCAAGAUCGAAGACACCCUCAAGAAAUCCCGCGACAUCGUCUGCGCCGCGUAUAACCUCAAGAUACCCGCGUCGGAGCACGUCUCCCCCGACAAUCCGGUAUUCGAAGGCCCCUCACGGGGCAUCAUUGGCCUGGAACGACUCAUGCUCGAGUCCUCCGGCUUCGACUUCCGCACGCGCCACCCGCAGAAAACCCUCGUCAAACUGGCCCGCCACUACGGCCUCACCUCGCAGUCGGAGGUGUCCACCCUCGCAUACCGCAUCUCGCAGGACCUCUACCGCACCUACGCGCCCCUCAAACAGACCACCUCAACCAUGGCGUUCGCCUGUCUCGAGCUCGCGGGCCGACUCCUCGACCAGCGCAUCGACGCCGUCGAGACGGGGUCAGACUACGAGAAGUGGAGGACGAGUCGCGAAGAGGUCAUGGAAACCCUCCUCGACCUCCUCGAACUCUACACCCACAACCGCAGCUCGACAACCGUCGGCCCCCACUUCCCAGCAGACCGUUUCCUGACUGCCCGCAUCCCGCUCAACAAAGAAGCCGAGGCCCAGCAUCUCCCGCGCUUCACCCACGCCGACGAUGACCGCCCCAGCACCAACGGCGCCAGACUGCCGUCCGUCGCGCCUGGGCCCCGGUUGCACCCGCUCGUCCCUGUCGCUGCGAACGGCGAGAGACCUCGUCCUGGCGAGAAGGGCCGCGACGGCGCGGUGCGGUUCAUGAUUGACCCCGAGCGCGCGGACGCCGAGAAGGCCCUCGUUGCCGAGUACUUCAAGGUCGAGAUGGAGGAGUAUGAGGUUGAGGAGUGA